CCCGGGAUCGGCUCCGGAGCCUCCGGGAAUCGGUCCCGUUCUGGCUCCUCCGAGCACGGAUCCGCCGGAGCCUCCGGGUCUGAUCCCUCCUGGCCCGGCUCCUCCGGGCACGAAUCCGCCGGAGCCUCGGGUCCUGAUCCCUCCUGGCUCGGCUGCGGCUCCUUCGGGCACGGAUCCGCCGCGGCUCCGGGUCGGGUCCCUUCGGGCACAACUCCUGCUCCGGCUUCUCCGGGCACGGCUCCCGCUCCGGCUGCGGCUUCUCCGGGCGCGUCUCCGCUUCUGGCUCCGGCUUCUCCCCCGAGCUCCCGCUCCCGGUGCGGCUGCCCCGGCCAUGGGGGCUGUGGCGGGCGCGCCUCCGCCGUGAGCAGCAUCGGCAGCAGCGGGACCCAGCGAUGUUGCGGGGCCAGGUCAGUUUGGAGGAAGAGAGCCAGAAUCCACCUGCUGUGGGACACUGGAAGCCCCUGAUGCCAUCCAAAGGUGACAAGGAGGAGCCAGAGGGUGGAUGCCAGGAUGCUGGAGGUGUGCAUGAAGCCCAGUCCACGGAGCAGCUCAACGUGUCCCGGCUGCGCAGCUCCUCGGUGGAGAUCCGGGAAAAGGGCUCGGAGUUCCUGAGGGAUGAGCUGCACAAAGCACAGAAGGAGCUGAAGCUCAAGGACAAAGAAUGUGAGAGAUUGUCAAAAGUCAGGGAACAGCUGGAGCAGGAACUGGAGGAGUUAACAGCCAGCCUGUUUGAGGAAGCCCACAAGAUGGUGAGAGAAGCCAACACCAAACAGGCUGCAGCAGAGAAACAGCUCAGGGAGGCCCGGGGCAAGAUUGACAUGCUGCAGGCAGAGGUGACAGCCCUGAAGACGCUGGUGAUCACAUCCACACCGUCCUCCCCGAACCGGGAGCUGCACCCUCAGCUGCAGAGCCCUUCCAAAGGUGGCUUCAGGAAGGGCCAUGGGAGGAACAAGAGCACCAGCAGUGCCAUGGUGUCAGCUGCCAGCCAGAACGUGGCUCCAGAGCCUGUCAGCAGGGAGUGCAGAGAGUCUGGUUUCCCUGCUCUCCUCUCCCUGCUCCUUUGCAUCCUCCCUGGGAAGGCUAUCCACAUCACCUAUGAGCCAGGCUGGCAGGCCUUGGGAGCAGAUGCUUCCUCCUUCUCUUCCUCACGGCAGGUCGACUCCAUUUUAUUUGCCGAGUUCCAGGCCUGGAAGGAAUCUCCAACUCUGGACAAAUCCUGCUCCUUCCUGGACAGAAUUUACCGAGAAGAUGUAGGACCUUGUCUGGACUUCACCAAGCAGGAGCUGUCGGAGCUGGUGCGAGUGGCAGUGGAGCAGAACACCCUCACCAUCGAGCCCGUGGCUUUCCAGGCUGUCCCUGUGGGGAAGGUGGCAGCAGAAGAGUGUGGUGGCCCCAAUGGCUUCCGGUCACAAAUCGUAACGAAAUGUGCUCUGAGCGGCCUCCCCAGGACCUGCAAGCACCGGAUCAUGCUGGGGGAUUCUGGGAAUUACUACUACAUUUCCCCUUCCUGCAGGGCCAGGAUCACAGCAGUGUGCAACUUCUUCACCUACAUCCGCUAUAUCCAGCAAGGCCUGGUGAGGCAGGAUGUGGAGUUGAUGUACUGGGAGGUCAUGCGGCUCCGCAGGGAGAUGUCUCUGGCCAAACUUGGAUUUUAUCCCAGCGAGAUGUGAGCAGUGCCCUGAGCCUGGAGGAAACUGCUCCUGGAGGAAGGGCUUGGAGUGCAGUGCCUGUCCUGCUCCCUCCCACCUUCCCUCUGCCUGGAGCAAGGAGCAAGAGGCACAAGUUCUACCUUCAGCUGUCCCACUCCUCCAAGUGUGACUGGAAUGCAGCUGCCAUGCUGCCUCUGGAGCUGGGCUGGCCCUGGCUGCUCCAGGAUGGCCAUCCAUGGACUCUGGAGUCUCCUAUAUGCAGUGUAUAUCCAUUUUUUUUAAAUCUUUUGUUUUUAUAUGCAGCCUGCUUUGGCAUAACCCGAGGCCAGGCCUGUGCAGGGUGGGAAUUCUGGACCUUCCUUGUGAGCCACUCUGUCAGGACAGAUGCUGGCUGUCUGUUCCACUCGUUUUUUUUGGGAUGGAGGAGGUGCUGUCCCUGAGGUCCUGCUGACCACAGCAGCCCUGAAAAUGCCAGCAGAGCACAAUAAUCUUGAACAGUUUGUUUCCAAGUACUUCCUUGUUCCUUUUCAAGGAGCCUGCAAGAGAAGCUUGUUGCCAGCGGAGUCACAAAGAGGGAUUUGUUCCUGUUUUUAGCUGGAUGUUUGGCACUGGGUUAUGCAGGCUGGGGAAUUGCUGGAGCUGUGCACCUGGGGCCUCCAGCAGAAGAAAGGGAGCAGGGAAAAUUCCUAACUCCCAGCAGGCUGCAGGAUUUUUUCCCCUGGACUAGGGAAUCUGCUGGAGUUGUCUGAGGCCGGACCCUGUGGCCGUUCCUGAUGUGAAGUCCCCCAUGGUGCUCCUAAACACAAACAUCACCCACAAACAAGUCUUGGAGCUGUUCCUGCUCUUGGGGGAGCUUUGGGCAGUCCUGUUCCCACUCUUCAGGCAGAACCCCUGCCCCAGGUUG